AUGAGAAACUCGGAGCAAAAAUUUUCAUUGAGCAACGAUCGAGCAGCAGCUUUGGAACUUCUCAGACUUCAGGAAGCGGCGCAAUUAGCCAACGACCAGCUCGCGUCUCGUCUGGAGUUUAAGAGAAAUAAGAAGUUGUCUCACAUUGUGCAUGCAUUGUUUCAUCUAGCCCAAUUUAUAACAGCACUUACGGACGAAGUAUUUCACCACGUGCAUCACUCAAUCAAUCGUAAGAUGCGUGAAUCAAAUCCAGCGAUCCCAGAAGUGCCAGAAGAAAGAAAUCCAGUUUUUUACGUCUACCCAGUUUGCAUGGCAAUCAGUUUUUUUUUCGGAAUUCUUUGGUUAACUACCAAAAUAUUCAACCGCAAACCUAUCAUCGUUCUUCUUGGAAAUGGAUUGGGAGGACUUAUGAUGAUAACUGGUGGGAUUUGGGCGAUGCGACACGCCGGAAAACACAUAAACCUCAAUGAGGUGUCCGACGAAGAAUUACUCACUCAUCCCACGUUCAUCCACAACUUUGUAAUGUGCAUCAUCUCCAUUUGCGGGAUGAUUUUUUAUUUCAUACCGGCUUGGAUUUUGUACGAUGCUCACAAAUGGGACAAAAAUUCAAAGCAACAGACGAACACAAGUCCAAACAGUCGAAAAAAAUGUAAAUGCAAUCCGUCAACAAAUCACAGUCCGAUACACGAAUCGCGAAAAUCUUCUCCAGCGCGACUUCAAGUGACGAAUAAGAAUGUGCAGGACGAGCCAGUUAUUUUGCACUGCUGCUGUAUUGAUUAUUACAGAUAUUUAAAAUCUUCUUCAUACCCAGAAAAUUUGGCCCACGAGUUUGUUGUGAUUCAAGUGAUGUAG